AUGUUAUCAUUCAAUGCCAUAGGCUACAAAGCUCCCAAAGCUCCAAAGCCUCAGGAUGGUCCGGGUGUACUCAUUGACUUGUUCAGUUCAUUUCGUACAGUUUUGGAGAAAUCACGUGGAUCAGAAUUCUGUGAUAAUUUAAUCUCUAGUUGUAUAUUUCUACGUUUAAUAUGUCCAGCACUCCUAUCACCAUCAUUAUUUGGAUUGAUUAGUGCAUUUCCUAGUGAACCAGCUUGUCAGCGUAAUCUCACACUGUUGGCGAAAUCAUUACAGACAUUGGCUAAUUUCAGUACUUUCGAUGAUAAAGAACCGUAUAUGAGAUUUUUAAACGGUUAUGUCACCUCUCAAUUGUCUUCCAUGCGUUCAUUUAUUCGAUCAAUAUCAACUUCGUCAAAUAAUGAUCACACUACCGAUAAGGUGAAUAUUGUUCACGGCUCUGAUACUAAUAUUGAAGCUACUACUGGUAUCAGUAAUGCUCUGUCUGACUCUCUGUCAACUACAAAUGCUGAUCAAACGAGAUCCACCCUAACUGCAACACUACCAACACCAACAACAUCAACAGCAACAACAACAGCGAAGGCAACAUCACAGAAUAACAUUAAAGAUACAAUUGAUGAAAGCUGUGAAUUAGCUAAUUUGCAUGUUAUACUGUCAGAUGUUAUAUUCCGGGAUUCAUUGACAACUCCUUCAGUGACCAUUACCAAUAAUACUCAUACUAAUACUAAUGCUAAUACCACUGCUCCUGAUGUGAAUACUACGAAUGGACACAAUGGUAUAACAAUAGAUGCACACGAGGUCAAUUCAAGUACUCAAGGAAUAGUUUCACCAAUUUUCCUUAAACCUGUUUGCCCUACCAUUGUAACCAAUUUACCCGAGGAAUUAUGCUCACUACCAAGGAUACUGGAUGAUAUUUCACGGGCUUUACAACAGAUCACAUCCAGUGAAUGUAAACAGUAUGACAAGACAACAUCAGUCAAUCAUACACACACAAUUCUGAUGAAUACUAACGAUUACAGUUUAUCACACCAUCAAAAAGGCGGUAGUAGUAGCAGUGUUAUGCAGUCAAAUAUUUCACCGUCUUCAUCGAGUCCUAAGCAUCAUAAGAGUAAAAAGUUUGAUCAUGACAGAGAACAACCAUCCUCAUCAUCCUUGAGUCCAGUUCAUCAUAUUCAUCAUCAUUCUCAUCAGUAUACAUCAGUUGCUGGAGGUGGUGGGAAUACACCCUACUAUACUGUGCAUUAUAAUCCAGGUUUUCAUUAUCCUGACAGCUAUUGUAAAGUUGGACUGAACAAUAAUAACGCCACCAACACCGCCACCACCACAAGCAACAGCAGCACUGGCUUACUCUUACCACAAUUAAAACAGUCAGCCUCGCUAACCGGUCUGCCGUCAUCCGAUGUAUCCCAGUCGAAUCCAAAUGAUUAUGAUGAACCGUAUAUGAGUCCUGAAAGUGAUUGUGAUGAUAUGCAUGAAACCGGUGUCAAUUCAGAUCAUGAAGUGAUCAGUAAGAAGGCACAAACAGGCACAAGUAGUAGUUGUAUUACAUCAACUUUUCAGUCCUACUCCUCGUCAUUAUCGAUUGCAAACAACAGUAGCCUGACAACAAACUACAACAUCAACAAAACCAACAACAACAAGACGAAUGGCUAUUCAUCAAAAGAUAAGAAGAUCUAUGAUCAUAAAUCAAUAAGUUUGGAUAAAUUGAAUAAUUCUGAUAAUGAACAUAUUUAUGAUAUGGUACCAUUAUCUUCAUCAUCGUCAACGUCGGCAUCAUCAUCAUCACCUUCGGCAUCGCCAUCACGUGAUGCACUACACCGCAUGAAUGGAGUAAACACGGCGAAUGAUUCAUAUAUCCAUCAACCAGAUCAAGUAUCUAAUUGUAACAAUGAUGCAACACUGACAUCAAUGAACCAUGUAACAUUGAACAUAGAAAAAGAUAAUGAUUCAAUAAUUCAAACAAAAACUGGCGGCGACGCGGUAAAUUCAAAUAUUAUUAUUGAACAAACGCCUACUUCACUAUCGUCAUCAUCAUUAACCGCCUUGUCGAAUAAAAUAACAACAUCCAAUGAAAAUGUACAAUAUAACCAUCAUCAUCAUCACGAUGAUGAACCUGAUGUUGUUGCUGAUGACGAAAUCAAUAAAUUCAAUCAACGAAAUGUCUGCAAAAGUAUUUCCCCGAAAUUAUUUCUUAAAAAACAAGUGACCACAGCCAAUGUGAUCUUAACAAAGCCUAAUGUUAUGUCGUCUUCAUCAAUUGAUACAACGAAAAUAUCAAAAUUGACGGCGACAACAACAACAGCAACACAUUUUCGAUCGAAUAGCAGUAGUCGUGAAAAUAUGUUCGACGGUAAUAAUAUCAAUGGUGAUCACUUUUCAUUUGGUGCAUCGAAUACUGUCCAGGUGAAUCUUACGCCUCACUCUCCAACUCAUAAAGUGUAUAAUACUAAUCCUAAUAAUUACAAUAAUAAUAAUACUGAUAAUACUGUUGAUAAUUUCGUCUGUCAUCGUCAACACACCCAUCGGAAAAAUGCUUCCUCUGAAGAAUUGUACAGUUAUACACAUUCAGAGAAUAAUAAUUAUGAUAUGCAUGACACUGCUGCUGUUGUUGUUGAUGAUGUUGAUGUUGAUGAUGAAGAAGAGAAUUCCACCACAUCGACCACAGUGAUGAAUUCAAUGAAAAAACCUAACAGAAAACAACCGUCAGAAUUAGCUGUCGAAAUAGCUCUGUUACGCUAUGAACUACUCCUUUCUCGUCAAGAUGCUUUACGUGCUGCUGAUCGAUUAAGUAAACAAGAGACGGAGAUUUAUCAGUUGCGUCAAUUAUUAGAACAAUUACGUAAUAAUAAUAACAGUAAGCAGAAAAAUAAACAAUCAAUUGAGUUGAAAUUACAGAAUUCAGAUAACAAUUAUGAUACCCUGUUGAAUACGACUCAUGUCAAUGAUGAAAUGAUGAUGACAAUGAGUUGCAGUCAACACCAAGGCAGUGAUCCUCAACUCUCCAGUGUUAAGCAACAAAAUAACACCCGUGAUCGUGUUGGUGAUGGUGUUGGUGGUGUUGUUAAUAAUAGUUGUUUACAGAAUCCGCCAAAUACUCAUUCAAAAGUUUUACAAAGUGUAACAGCUACAUUCAAAGAGUUGGAUGAUGCAAUGGCAAGAUUAGAACUAGAGCAAAGUGAACUACUCCGUGAACAGGCUAGAAUACGUGCUCGAAUCGCUGCAACACAUCGACAUCAACAUCAACACCAACACCACCACCACCAACAACAACAACCAAUCACGUCGUGUACACAAUCCAUCAUCAAUCCCACUGUCGCAUCGAAGAGUAAAUCUCUUAUACGUCCAAAAUAUUUUCAAUCUUCUAUCCCAAAAAUUUUAAUCGAUUCUGAGAAGAGUCGUGAACUACCUAGUCCUGGGCAUAUGAAUUAUAUCAAUUCACCUCGGACUAAUAUUAGUAAUAAUAAUUAUAUUCAAAAGACUAGCAUAUGUAGUGAAUUAAAAAGCGCGCCAAAAAAAUAAACCUCUGUUCAAUGUUCUAUACACGGAUAAAGCAUUUAUUAUUAUUAUUCUUUUGUUGAAAAGAGAGAGAUAAAAUGAACACACAUUGUUUUUCCUUCUAAAAUGACGCAUUUCGAUUAUUCGCGCGCAAAAAAGAACCAAUCACGUAACUAUGACAACACUGUAUUCAUCAUAUUGUACAUUUGUCAUUUUAUCCUAUGAAUUAAUUUUGACCCGUUUAGCUUUGUACUAUAGGUGGUUUAUUGGUGUCAUUAUAAAACUUACUCCCCCCCUCCCCUUCCCCUUUCUAAUUAGAGAUCAUUAUUCCGAUUGAUUGUAUGUCUCUUGUUUUCGCUCAGUUGUGUGUGUGUGUGUACACUCUAAAAAUGAAUGUACAAUAAAUAAAGUUUCUUUUAUUCCCUGAGUUCCGACUGGAACACAGGGCUCUUCA